AUGAACUACCAGCAGCAGCUGGCCAACUCGGCAGCCAUCCGGGCCGAGAUCCAGCGCUUCGAAUCGGUGCACCCCAACAUCUACUCCAUCUAUGAGCUGCUGGAACGGGUGGAGGAGCCGGUGCUGCAGAAUCAGAUCCGCGAACAUGUCAUCGCCAUCGAAGAUGCCUUUGUAAAUAGCCAGGAAUGGACACUAAGCCGAUCUGUACCAGAGCUGAAAGUGGGGAUUGUGGGUAACCUAGCCAGUGGCAAGUCUGCACUUGUACACCGGUAUCUGACUGGCACAUAUGUCCAGGAGGAAUCACCUGAAGGUGGGAGAUUCAAGAAAGAGAUAGUAGUUGAUGGACAGAGCUAUCUGCUGCUGAUUAGAGAUGAAGGGGGCCCUCCAGAGGCACAGUUUGCCAUGUGGGUGGAUGCUGUUAUAUUUGUCUUCAGCUUGGAAGAUGAAAUUAGCUUCCAGACUGUUUACCACUACUACAGCCGCAUGGCUAACUAUCGGAACACUAGUGAAAUACCAAUGGUACUAGUGGGCACACAGGAUGCCAUAAGUUCCAGUAAUCCACGUGUCAUAGAUGAUGCCAGAGCAAGGAAGUUAUCAAAUGAUCUGAAGAGAUGCACUUACUACGAAACCUGCGCUACUUACGGGCUCAAUGUGGAGAGAGUCUUCCAAGAUGUUGCUCAGAAGAUUGUUGCAACAAGGAAGAAACAGCAGCUCUCAAUUGGCCCCUGCAAAUCUCUGCCAAACUCUCCAAGCCACUCAUCUGUGUGUUCUGCCCAGGUUUCUGCUGUACAUAUCAGCCAGACCAGUAAUGGAGGAGGGAGUUUAAGUGAUUAUUCCUCCUCUGUCCCAUCAACUCCAAGCACCAGCCAGAAGGAGCUACGGAUUGAUGUUCCUCCCACUGCCAACACACCAACUCCUGUCCGUAAACAGUCCAAGCGCCGAUCCAACCUCUUCACGUCUCGGAAGGGGAGUGACCCAGACAAAGAGAAGAAGGUCCUGGAGAGCAGAACAGAUAGCAUUGGAAGCGGUCGUGCAAUCCCAAUUAAACAGGGUAUGCUGCUAAAGCGAAGUGGCAAGUCACUGAAUAAAGAGUGGAAGAAGAAGUACGUGACGUUGUGCGACAACGGCGUGCUGACCUACCAUCCCAGUUUACAUGACUAUAUGCAGAACGUUCACGGGAAAGAAAUCGACUUGCUGAGAACCACUGUGAAAGUCCCCGGGAAGAGGCCACCCCGAGCCACAUCAGCCUGUGCACCCAUUUCCAGUCCCAAAACAAAUGGCCUCUCCAAGGACAUGAGCAGUUUACACAUCUCCCCCAAUUCAGGGAACGUGACUACUAGCACAUCUGUGUCUCAGAUGGCAAGUGGGAUCAGUCUAGUCUCCUUCAACAGUCGUCCGGAUGGUAUGCAUCAGCGCUCUUACUCGGUCUCCAGUGCAGAUCAGUGGAGUGAGGCAACAGUCAUUGCAAACUCUGGCAUUAGCAGUGAUACUGGGUUAGGAGAUUCUGUGUGUUCAAGCCCAAGUAUAUCCAGUACAACGAGUCCCAAACUUGAUCCACCUCCUUCACCUCAUGCCAACAGAAAGAAACACCGCAGGAAGAAAAGCACAAGCAAUUUCAAAGCUGAUGGUAUCUCAGGCACAGCUGAAGCCAAACGCAAAGCUUGGAAACUAAACCGUGUUGGUAGCCUGCGAAAUAUAUACAGCAGCAGCAGCACCAACACCGAAGAACAAGAAGAAAACUUUGAGUUUAUUAUUGUCUCUCUCACUGGCCAGACUUGGCACUUUGAAGCUACCACAUAUGAAGAAAGAGAUGCGUGGGUACAAGCCAUAGAGAGUCAGAUCUUGGCCAGCUUGCAGUCAUGUGAAAGCAGCAAGAACAAGUCCCGCCUGACGAGUCAGAAUGAGGCCAUGGCACUUCAGUCCAUAAGGAACAUCAGAGGCAAUUCCCACUGCGUGGACUGUGAAGCACAGAACCCUGACUGGGCCAGCUUGAAUCUGGGAGCCCUCAUAUGUAUCGAAUGCUCAGGUAUACACCGAAACCUUGGCACGCACCUCUCCCGGGUCCGCUCUCUUGACCUGGAUGACUGGCCUAUAGAGCUCAUCAAGGUGAUGUCUUCUAUUGGGAACGAGCUGGCCAACAGCGUCUGGGAGGAGAGCAGCCAGGGCCAUAUGAAACCUUCCUCAGACUCCACAAGGGAAGAAAAAGAGCGCUGGAUACGUGCAAAAUACGAGCAGAAGCUCUUCCUUGCCCCACUGCAGUGCCUGGAGCUUUCUCUGGGCCAGCAUCUCCUGAGGGCUACAGCCGAGGAGGACUUGCGGACGGUCAUCCUGCUGCUUGCCCACGGGACCCGGGAAGAGGUGAAUGAGACCUGCGGAGAUGGCGAUGGGCGCACUGCCCUCCACUUGGCGUGCAGGAAAGGAAACGUGGUAUUAGUGCAGCUCUUGAUUUGGUACGGCGUUGACGUGAUGGCACGCGACGCCCAUGGAAACACGGCGCUGGCCUACGCCCGGCAGGCCUCCAGCCAGGAGUGCAUCGACGUUCUCCUCCAGUACGGUUGCCCCGACGAGCGCUUUGUCCUCAUGGCCACGCCAAACUUGUCCAGGAAGAACAACAACCGAAACAACAGCAGUGGAAGGAUGCCCACUAUCAUCUGA